AUGCCAAUGCCUCAGUACACCAUGCAGCCUCAGUACCCUGUGUCUCAGCCGCACACCCUUCCUCCGCUGCAGCCUCAUCACAGUCAAUCUCCUGCCCCUCAUUCCUACAUGGGUCAGCCACCAUACCGGCCGGAUCUGUCGAGGUAUCCCGCGUCUACGCAUGAUGUUUACGCGUCGUCGGCUGCACCCAUCAUGCCUCAUACCACCAUGGGUAGCUUGCCACCUUCAACCUUCCUCUCCCACCACAAUCACCAAGCGCAGGCACAACAGUCGCAGCACUAUCCUCCUCCUCACAGUGUGCUACCCCCGGCUUCGAGCGCGCAGACUUACCCGCAACCAAUUGCGCCCGCUCCGCCACGGGAUCGCCGCCCCGACUUCAAUGGUAUGCCUUCCGGCGCUUUCAGCUACCCCGACGGCAAGGCUUCGCCUUGGAUGAACCCCGAUCCGGUGGCGUCUGCAAACGGUGCCGGACCUUACGGUGCAAAGGAGCCUCCACGCACUCAAGUGGUUGGAUCCCAAGGCCGACGUGGUAUUCUUCCGAGCGUUCCGGGUCGCGCGACUCCUGUCACCAAUGGUGUCAAUGGUACCGCUAAAAACACGACGAUCCCGGCCAAGGACGCGGACGGAAAGUUCCCUUGCCCUCACUGCAACAAGACAUACCUUCACGCUAAACAUUUGAAGCGCCAUUUGCUAAGACACACUGGUGAUCGCCCGUACAUGUGUGUUCUCUGCAAGGACACGUUCUCUCGCAGUGAUAUUCUGAAGCGCCAUUUCCAGAAGUGCUCCAUCCGACGCGGUAAUCCCACAGGGGCGACCCACUUGUCGCAUCCUCAGGCACAUUUGAAGCGGUCUCAGGCUCAAGCUGCAGCAAAUACUGCAAAAAGUUUACAGGAGGAAGUCAGUAGUACCGUCCCGCCUUCCAAUGGCAUCGCGGGUGCGACUUUCAGCGAGGGGGCCGUGAACGGGAAUGGUCUGGGUACAGGCCGACCAGGUUUCACGGACCAGCAGCCUCUAGGCUUUACGAUGCAGUCUGUCAAUGGGUUGGGCCGUGGUCAGCCAGACGACGCCUACGCUCAUGGACAAGCUCAUCAGAGAGCAUCCUGGAUGGCUACUCCCAAGCAGAACCCGUACCUUGUGCAGCCUGGCACUGAAGCACCUAACCAGCAGCUGAAUGUUGACCGCCCUUCCCUUGAACAGGCGAAACCCCCUGUCGUUGAUCCCAAGCGUCCCAUGAUGCCUGGACCCGACCCGAAUCACGGUGGUGGACUUGAUUGGACUUCCAUGUUCCAGCCCGGAGCCUCCGACGGCUAUAUCAAUCAUGUGUUCCCCCAGUCCAUGGCAUCCGGCCAGGAGCCGAUUCAAGCCCAGGUUGAAACUGAACGAAAGUUCUACCCUACCACUACGACGGCUGGCCCUCAAGAAGGUGGAAUGAACGGUCUAUACUUGGCUUCGACUACUCUCAGCGGCGAUGGUAAGUAA